AGCGGCGGGGCGUGACAUUUUUGCCAGUCUUCUCCAAGGUAACGACGGAACGCUCCGAGUCUGUGUGCGGCUGCUCACAACUGUUUCCAUAGUAACGGGUCGACGCUACGUUCCACGGAGGCUGGUGAGGCCCAAGAUACCUAGAUUGUGAUUAGUGAUCGGCAAUGGAUAGAUACAAGGUGCUGGAGGAAUGGCCGCCUGGAGCAUUUGGGGUGACCUGUCUUGUGGAAGAGCCAGUGUCACAAAGGAAAUUUGCUGUUAAAAAGGUGGAAUGUCUAGAUGAGCAGGAAGGCAAUCUUGCCCUAGAAGAGACUCUGUCACUCCUGGAGCUUCAACACCCCAAUAUCUGGCCAUAUAAAGAGUUUUUCAUGGUCUGGGAUAAUAAGAGCUCCUCGCUGUUUUUUUGUAUGGUGAUGGAUUACUGUGGUCAGGAUAAUCUAGCUGAUAUUGUGCAUCUGAACAGGCGACAGCAAAAAAAAAUUAAGGACAACAUUCUUCAGUGUUUGCUUGCUCAGGUCCUUGAUGCUCUCAUUUACAUUCACAAAAAGGCUUUACCCCACAGAAACCUCAAACCCAGCAACAUCUUUGCAAAAAACAAGGACACGUUUGUGAUAAGUGAUUUUCUUCCGGAAACGUUGGUGACAGAUGAAGCAAAGGUGAAGAUAAGAAUGGAUCCUGAGCAGAAGGUUUUCAUGGCCCCGGAAUCUGUCCAUUGUAUAUACAGUGAGAAGUCGGAUGUUUGGUCUUUGGGAUGCAUUUUGUUGGACUUGAUGACGACUUCUGUCCAAUCUGAUCGAGACAUUACUGAUCUGCUACAGAUGGUCAAGGUGAACUCGUCAUGCCUGGGCACAGUUUUUGAGACACUUCAGGGGUUAGCUGGUUACCCAGAAGAUCUUUGCUGCCUGUUGCAAAACAUGCUAAAAAAUAACCCUGAAGAGAGAUCAUCAACUAAAGAUUUGGUGAAUGAACCCUACAUCAAGAAAUGCUUGGCUCUGGUUGGCUCUCCGUUGUCUGGAGUGAAGAAGACACUGCCCCCUUCUAUUUUAGAUCAGCUUGAAGAAAACAACGUAGAGAGCACCCUAAAAUUCAUGCAAAAUUAUGUGGAGUUUGAAGAGGCCCAAUUAUCAGCACUAAGCGUGUUGGCCAGAUAUACCAAGGGUGGGCCUCAGGGGGAGAUGGUACAGCUAGUCUCACAAGUGAUAACGACACACCGAGAUUCUUACCAUGUGCAGUUAGAAGGCAGCAGAAUCCUCCAUCAUCUCAUUUCACAAGGGAUGGAACAAGGAGACAUCGAGGGAUAUUUGACCAGUGACCAUUUUAUCAAUAUGCUGGUGGAGACAGCAAGUCUUUACUCCCAUGAUGAACAGCUACUGUCUAAAAUUCUCAGUCUGAUGACAAUGCUUACAGUCAGUGAGAUGGCAGCAGAGAUGUUGGCAAGAGUGGGAUUCCUUCCAGAUCUGAUAAAGAUUACAGAACACUCGCUGGAAAACAGGGAGCUGUGUGUGUCCUGCUGUGCCCUGUUCUGGAGUCUGGCUAUGACUGAGAUGGCAUCAGAUGAUGGCAUGAAAAAAGCAGUGCCACUAAUCACAGCACUAAUUCAGAAACAUCCCAGCGAUGGACAGUUGGUAGAAUCGGCAAGCCCAGCCCUGUGGAUUCUGUGCCUGAAAGGUCACGUGAUGGAGGAUCAACUUGAAUCUGUUACACUAUUGCUCCUGGAGUGCCUACAGAUACACAUGGAGCGCCCUAUUCUCGCCAAAAAUGUUUGCUUGGCAUUGACAGGUCUAGUGAUAAACUCAGAACUGGCUGCUUAUCGUGUUCUGGUGCCUCUAUCUGGGAAAAAUGGUCUCUCUCUGAUUAAGGAGCUCUAUCUACACUACUCUGAUGACCCAGAAAUUGUAGAGAAUAUCUGUCAACUCUUUAACCAGAUCGCUAAUUACGGAAGCACACACUCCGAGUUAUGCUCACAACACAUGAAGGAACUGCUGAUGGAAAUUAAAGAUCAGUACGAGUCUGUGGAGGAGAUUGUAACACUGGUGGAAUCAACACUUUCCAAGAUGGAGAAAACACUUACUUAAAGCAUACAACCAGCUACUUUAUGUGCAAAAUAUCCGAAUUUUUUUUAAUAUGAUUUUUUUUUUAUGGGCUUGGUUGUACCCAAGAAGUGACAUUUUGUGAGGAUGUCUACUCUACUAUUAAAGCCCAACUCCAGCCAAUUAUUUUUGUUUAGUUUUGUAUAAAAGUAGAGAAAAGGGAGAGGCUCAGUCUGGUUUUUGUCUGUCUUGCCUCUUGGGAGGGUUUUUCUUUAAAGAAAACUAUGGGAAAUCUCUUCAGUGGGAUUAUAGAUUACAACACAACAAUUUUUUUUUUUCUGUAAAAUGUAGAACAGUUUUACAAUUUACUACUGUCCUUGUUUUCCUUUCCCAAGGGCAAUUACUCGCCUCCUUUCUAGUCAUUCUGUCCUGCAAAAGGAUGACAAUCUCAGAGUCAUCAGUUAGUAAAACAUUUUUAUUUCACAUAAUACAAUAGAAACAGUUAUCAGCUUCUUUAAAAGGCACAACAUCCACCUUCAGUUAUUAAAAAUAUUUUCGCCAAGCUGUUCCCCCCCC